AUGAAGAAUAUUGAAAAGUAUUCUGAAAACUGUAGAGAACUACCUACAAGUUCAUCUUAUAUAAACUUGAUUGAAUCAUCUACCAAUACAACCUUACCAUCGUCAUUACUUACUUCAUCAUCAUCACCAUUAUCAUCGUCAUCAUCUCAACAGUUACCUAGUACAUCACAAUCAAUAUUCAAUUUAGAUUAUACUUCAACAGCUUAUAAAGAAUGGUUACAAAUUAUGAAACAUUUACAUCAUAUUGAUCAUUUAAAACAAAUUAAUGAUAAUAAAAAUAAUAUUCAAAUGGACUUACAAUCUUCAUGUUCACCAUUUACAUCUUUCAAUAAAACUAUCAAUGAUUUAACAAGAAGUAAAAACAUUGAACUAUUGAACAAUAAAUAUGACCCAUUGGAUUCAAAUAAUUUAAUAUCACAAUAUUAUUACUAUUAUUAUUACAAUUAUUAUUAUGGUUUGCAAAAAUCGCAUAAAUUUCUCCAGUCACGACAACAUCAACCUGAUGAUCAUAAUUAUAACACUAAUGAUGAAGUAUAUAAGUCUGAUGGAACUACUGAGACAACAUUAUGUGUAGAUAAACAAGACAAUUCAUUGAAACAUUUAACGCCACCAUGUUGUUCAACUUCACCACCAAUUUUAACAGAAUCUAUUGUUAAAAAUUCACAUUUAUUUUCUUCUUCAAAAUAUCCACCAAUUUUAUUUGAAGGUCAAGGACGAGUAAAUCAGUUAGGCGGUAUGUUUAUUAAUGGUAGACCAUUACCAUAUGAGACGCGUUUGAAAAUUGUUGAAUUAUCUAAUAAUGGUAUACGUCCAUGUGAUAUAUCACGUCAAUUAAAAGUAUCACAUGGCUGUGUCAGUAAGAUUUUACAACGUUAUAGUGAAACAGUUACAUCUCAUACUGUUGAAUUGGACAAUCAACAAAAAAAAGAUUAA